AUAACAAUUGCUUUUUACGCGAUUGAUAAUCGCACAACAUGUCGAGAUUACAAAAUACUGGAAAAUAUCGAGCCGUCGGGCCAUUUUUUAAAAAUGAUCAAAAUCAAGAAGGGAAUCAAUCACGCGAGGCUCCGGGAGGAAGAUUAAAUGAAGUUAAUGAAAAUAUCAGAGUAGAUGGUGUGUAUGGAUUCCAUAGAGCAACCGAUGUAAAGGAAAGGAUAGGAUUUCUUAUUAAUAUGCAUCCAACAGAUAUUAUAGAAGAUGAUAAAAGAAUGCUUAGCGGUGUAGAUUAUUAUUUUUUACAAGAAGACUGUACUAGAUUUAAAAUUUCUUAUCCGUAUUGUCCAUAUUUUUAUAUUUUAUGUAAAAAGGACACGUACGAAGAAACCUACACCGGUUUAAAUAAAAAAUACAGUAGCAUUAUACAUAAAAUAGAGACACUCUAUAAGGAAGAUCUUGAUUUGCCAAAUCAUUUAAUUGGUUUAAAACAAAAAUAUAUGAAGCUAUCUUUUAUAAAUACUUUGGACAUGAUCAAAGUGAAACGAGAUAUCGUGAAAGCUGUAAAGUUAAAUAAAGAACGACAAAAGAAUCAUACUUUCUACACAGACAUGCUGUCAAAUGUGUUAAAUCCAGAUCAGGAAAUAGUAAAUUACAAAAAACAAACUAUAGAUUUUACAGACAAUAUUCUUGACAUUAGAGAAUAUGAUGUACCCCAUCAUGUACGAGUAUCUAUAGAUAUGCAAAUUUGUUGUGGUAAUUGGUACUCUGUAAAAACAAGGGGGGAUGAAGUACCAGUUAUUACAAGGAGAAAAGAUAUUCUUGAACCACCCGAGCCAAUUGUCCUGGCUUAUGAUAUAGAAACUACAAAGCUACCUUUAAAAUUUCCUGAUGCUAAUAUCGAUCAAAUCAUGAUGAUAUCCUACAUGAUUGAUGGACAAGGAUAUUUAAUAACAAACAGAGAAAUAAUUUCAAGCGAUAUCGAAGAUUUUGAAUAUACUCCAAAACCAGAAUUUGAGGGUUUCUUUACCGUUUUUAACGAACCUAAUGAGAAAGCUACGAUACAAAAAUUUUUUGACCAUAUAGACGAUGUCCGGCCACAUAUAUUCGUAACAUAUAACGGCGAUUUUUUUGAUUGGCCGUUUGUAGAAACCAGAGCAGCGUUUCAUAAUAUGGACAUGAAAGAUCGGAUCGGUUUUUCAAAAAAUCGCGAUGGUGUCUAUGCGUGUAGACCAUCCAUGCAUAUGGAUUGCUUAUGUUGGGUCAGACGCGAUUCUUAUUUACCUGUAGGCUCUCAAAGUCUGAAAGCUGUUGCGAAAGCAAAACUAAGGUACAAUCCCAUAGAACUAGAUCCAGAAGACAUGUGUAGAUUAGCAUCCGAAGAGCCGACAACUCUUGCAAACUACUCAGUUUCCGAUGCAGUUGCAACAUAUUAUCUCUAUUACAAAUAUGUUCACCCUUUCAUAUUUGCAUUAUGCACUAUCAUUCCGAUGAAUCCGGAUGAGGUACUUAGAAAGGGAUCUGGUACAUUAUGCGAAUCUCUUUUGAUGGUGGAAGCCUUUCACGCUAACAUUAUAUUCCCCAACAAACAAGAAACGGAGUUAAGUAAAUUCACAAAAGAUGGUCAUUUACUGGAUCAAGAAACAUAUGUAGGAGGGCACGUGGAAGCCUUAGAGUCCGGUGUUUUUAGAGCUGAUAUUCCUUGCCGAUUUAAGAUAGAAGUAAGCGCGAUAAACGAACUGAUCAAUGGCGUCGAGAGUGCUAUGAAACAUGCUAUACAAGAAGAAGAGAAAGUACCCAUGGAUAUGGUCACGAAUUUCGACGAAGUGGUCGAUGAAAUCAAAGUGAAAUUAGAGUCUCUGAGAAGUCAGCCUUUGAGAUUGGAGAAUCCUGUGAUUUACCAUUUAGAUGUUGGCGCUAUGUACCCAAAUAUUAUUUUAACUAAUCGUCUCCAGCCGUCUGCGAUGGUGGAUGAAACCGUUUGUGCCGCGUGCGAUUACAAUAAACAAGGAGCACUUUGCCAAAAAAACAUGACGUGGAUGUGGAGAGGAGAAUAUUUGGCCGCAAGUUUGAGCGAGUAUCAAAGGAUGCAGCAACAACUGGAGAACGAAAAGUUUCCGCCGCAAUUUCCCGGUGGUGUUCGUCGAGCCUAUCAUCAAUUGUCUAAAGAGGAACAGGCUACGUAUGAAAAGAAAAGACUGACGGAAUAUUGUAAAAAGGCGUAUAAAAAAGCGAAGAUUACAAAAACGGAGGAGAGAACACAAACAAUCUGCCAAAAAGAGAAUUCGUUUUACGUUGACACUGUUAGAGCAUUCAGAGAUAGAAGAUACGAAUAUAAAGCGCUUACUAAAGUCGCAAAGCAACAAGUAACGGCAGCAUUAGCAAAAGGCGAUGCCGGUGAUAUUAAGUCCGCUAAAAGUCGAGAAGUACUCUAUGAUUCUUUGCAGCUUGCUCACAAAUGUAUUUUAAAUUCCUUUUAUGGUUAUGUCAUGAGAAAAGGAUCCCGAUGGUUCAGUAUGGAAAUGGGUGGUAUAGUAUGUUACACAGGAGCUCAUAUCAUCAUGAAAGCUAGAGAGAUUAUAGAAAAGGUAGGCCGUCCAUUGGAAUUGGACACCGAUGGAAUAUGGUGUUUAUUGCCCGCAUCCUUUCCCGAUAACGUAGUUGUUCACACUACUCAUCCAAAGAAGUCGAAGCUUGCAAUAUCUUACCCCAAUGCUAUCCUCAAUUUUAUGGUGAAGGAUCAGUUUACUAAUGACGUGUAUCACGAGCUCGUUGAUCCUGAAAAUUUAACAUAUCAAAUUAAGAGCGAAAAUUCUAUAUUCUUCGAGGUAGACGGCCCUUAUUUAGCUAUGGUAUUACCUGCCGCGAAAGAAGAAGGGAAGAGAUUAAAAAAGCGAUAUGCGGUUUUUAAUUUUGACGGUUCCUUGGCCGAAUUAAAAGGGUUUGAAGUGAAGAGAAGGGGCGAGCUUCAAUUGAUCAAAGUAUUUCAGACGUCUGUCUUUGAAUCGUUUUUGAAAGGCAGUACGCUCGAAGAGUGCUAUGCAUCCGUAGCCAAAGAUGCAGACUAUUGGCUUGAUAUUUUGUACACCAAAUGUUCAGACAUGCCGGAUUUGGAACUGUUUGAACUUAUAUCCGAGAAUAAAUCGAUGUCACGUAAAUUAGAGGAGUAUGGCCAGCAAAAGUCUACGUCUAUUUCUACUGCUAAAAGAUUAGCCGAGUUUUUGGGAGAUCAAAUGGUGAAAGAUGCUGGCCUAGCGUGUAAAUACAUUAUUGCUAAUAAACCUCACGGUGCGCCAGUUACGGAACGCGCUAUACCGUUAGCCAUUUUUCAAUCAGAACCAACAAUAAGGAGACACUAUUUGCGCAAGUGGUUAAAGGAUCCUGGUUUACAAAGUGACGAUAUACGGCAAAUUUUAGAUUGGAAUUACUACAUUGAAAGACUUGGGAAUGCUAUUCAAAAAAUUAUUACCAUUCCAGCUGCGAUGCAAGGACUUCACAAUCCUGUACCUAGAGUAAAGCAUCCAGACUGGCUGCACAAAAAGGUAAUGGAGAAGACUGCAACUCAUAAACAGAGGAAAAUAACAGACGCAUUUUCAGUAGUACCGAAAGAUCUAGAAAAGAGUACUGAUAACGAAGAGCCAAGUACGUCCGGUCAUCGCGAUAUUGAAGACAUAGCGGGUAAAGCGCAUCUAUUUAAGCAUCCAUUGCCAGUUGUCAACAAAAGGAAAAGACAAAGCUCGGACGAAAAUGAAGACGCAAAUAUUAAUAAAAGCUGGAAAGAAGUAUUAGGUUCACCGCCAUCAAUGGGAACGACGAAGGAGGAAAUACUGGAGUGGUUGAAGUUCCAUAAACAGAAAUGGGCCCAUCAGGCUAAACAAAGAGGUCAACGUCAGACAAAUAAAAAGAGUAGAAGUGCGGACAACGACGACAAUAAUAGUUGGAAGACUACAAGAGAUAAUAGAAUAAACAGUUUGGGUGGUUUCUUGAGGCGAGCUCAGAAGAAAUUGAUUACCACGCCCUGGCAAAUUAUUCAAAUAUCUGAGACAAACGAACCCGGUUUAUUCCGAUUGUGGAUACUGAUCGAUCAAGAUCUGCAUGCGUUGCGUCUUGUGAUACCGCGCAUAUUUUAUGUAAAUACCCGCAAACCGAAACCAGAUCCCGAACCUGGUAAAAAGGUGUCUUGGACUAAAAGCUCGAAAAUUCUACCGCGAUCACGGCCUAUCCACAAUUUAUAUCGGUACUCUGUUCCAGAAGCGCAAUAUUUAAUGCAUAGUCAAGAACUUCUAGAAGAUUUAAGUAAGCCAGAAAUUGAAGGAAUUUACGAGACACAAACGUCAUUGGAGUUUAGAGCUGUUCUUCAGUUAGGAUGCAUCUGCACGGUAGAUCGCAAGGUAGCGUGUACCAUAGCGGAUGGUGCAGAUACAUUUAGCUUAGAUCAAUUAGAAUUCAAAAGUAUCGCCGUACAACCAUACCUUCAGAACGUUCAUGCAGUCAAUUACGUUUUCUUAUAUCAUCAUUGGAGUUCCAAUCAUCAAAGAUCAUUGUGGGGUCUUUUCUUAAACGCGAGUAAAAGGGCUCAUAUAUUUGUGUUGGACACGGUUUCGACGAAUCAGAUGCCCAAUAUGAACGCAUUAUACGUCGAAGAACGGAACAUUGUCGUAUCUAUGAGUGGGGAAGACAAAAUAAAAACUGUACCAAAAUCAUUUCAAUUCAUAAUGAGCUUUGAAACAAAUUUUCAAAAACUUUGUCGAGCUUUGCAAGCAGCUGUAACUGCAUAUAAGAAUGAAGGGCACGGUGCAACGAUAUUUAUUACUCAAACUGCUCUCGAUAAAACGUUAUUGCUAACGCAAAUGCCAUUGCUCAACGAUUUCCCAUUAAUUAAUACCCAUGUGCAAGAUAUCGAAAAUUUAUACAGUGUAAUGGAGUGGCAGAAAACUGGCGCGAAAAUAAUGAUGCGUCAUUAUUUUAAAAGUCAACAAAUUAUCGAAUUGAUGGCGGAACAGUGCAGAUAUUUUCAUGCGCCGAUUGGAAAUAUUCCUGCCGAUCCCACACUUUUCGGUGCUGACUUAUUUUAUGCCAGACACUUACAAAAAAAUAACUUCGUGUUGUGGUGUUCCCCAACGGAGAAGCCAGAUUUAGGAGGCAGUGAAAACGACGACAACAGACUGUUGACUGAUUUUGAGGAAAGUACUCAUUGUGCUGCAAACAAUUCCGGAACUUAUUCCAGCGUAUGCAUUGAGUUGGAGAUAGAAAGUUUGGCAGUGAAUACCUUAUUACAAUAUCAUCAUAUUCAUGAUAUCGAUGGAACUAGCUCCUUCAUUGCAUUUCAUAAUCAUCAAACAACAUCUGUUCAAGAAAUGGCAACGGGUGAUCCUGCGGCAAGUGUAAUUCCUAGCUACGAUGAAACUGCACUUUGUAGUCCCGCGUUUAAAGCAUUACGAAGUAUGGUUAAUGCGUGGCUGUUGGAUGUCUCAGUUUAUAAGAAUGUAUUUGCAGAUUAUCAAAUUAUUCAUUUUUAUCGAUGGUUGCGUUCGCCUAAUGCUAUACUUUACGAUCCUGCCUUGAGACGAACUUUACACAGUUAUAUGAAGAAGUUAUUCAUACAAUUAUUGGCCGAGUUCAAAACGCUGGGUUCCAUUAUUAUCUUUGCGAAUUUUAAUAAAAUUAUUUUAUGUACAAAAAAGAGAACAGUGGACGAUGCUUUAAACUACGUGGAAUUCGUUGUACAAACAAUACGCAAUAAAGAACUCUUUCACAGUAUUGAAAUCAAUUUUGACCAAUGUUGGGAGUAUUUAAUAUGGCUUGACGUUCAUAAUAAUGGUGGUGUACAAGGAAAAUUACCAAAAAAUAUAGAAGAAAAUACUGAUACUCUUGACGAAGAUGCUGAGGAUGAUGAUGAUGAAGACUCGCCCAAAAUAAUAAUGAAGUGGAAUUUGAUGGAAUGUCUUCCUAAAGAGGCUGCGUGCCAAGCGAGUUUUAGUGCCAUAAUAGCGGGAUAUAUAAAUGCGCUUUAUCAAUUUAUGUCUGAGAAUGAACAAUUAAAUGCUACUGUAAAACCUAGGAGAAGAUCAACUAGUUUGAGUCAAAGUUUAUCGGCACAAUUGGGGUUAGGAGCACUUGAAAACACUGCGGAUUUUGUGAAGAAGCUUAUAUCGGGAGACAUGUCUCAAAAGCUUUUCCAAAUUGUACAAAAAAUAUACAAGAAAACUCCGGAGAAACAAUUAACUAUUCAAGAGAAUCCAAAUUUGGAUUUAGAUGGUAAAGAAAGUAAAACGAUUAAUCCUGCUUUGGAGUUAAUUAAAGCAGUGUGCAAGGUAUUGUCUUUAGAUAAAGAAGUUGAAUCUCAUAUAUAUCGCAUGCAAACAAAUUUGUUACGAUUAAUUAAAAUUAGCAGUUACAGCGAUGAAGCUGAAUGGAAAGAUCCGUGCAUAUCGCUAAUUUUACCGGAAAUUAUUUGUAAAUCGUGUAAUCACACAAGAGAUAUUAAUCUCUGUAAAGAUAAUUUGUGUAUUAUGGAGAAAGAUAGGUAUAUAUGGAAAUGUCCUCUUUGCAAAAUGAACUAUGAUAAUGAAGAAAUAGAAUUCCUUUUGACAGAUCUAUUACAUCGCAGGAGUAUGGGUUACAUACUGCAAGAUUUACAGUGCUGCAAAUGUCAGGAAAUUAAAAGAGAAAAUAUGAGUGAACUCUGUUCCUGUUCAGGGGACUUCAAAACUUUAAUUACCAAAAAUGAAAUAGUGAAAUUUGUAAAGAUAUGCAAAUCUGUUGCUAGGAAAUGUAAUAUGGAAACAUUGAUAGAAGCAGUUGAGAAUACCAAACUUUUUAUAAAUUCAAUGUAG